CGCUUCACAUAAACACAAACAAAAAACAAAGAGAAAGAUGUGAGAGAAAGAGAGAGAGAGAGCUCUCUGGUUGGUUGCUGGUAGUGCCCCUGCUACAUCUAUCCAUAUUUUCCCCUUUCCAAAAGUUUGAAAAGAUAAAUUAAUAAAUAAAGAAAAAGAAAUUAAAGGAGUAAAGCUCCGUUCUGGUCGUUCAUCACAGAUCUUCACCGAUUCAUUCGAUCCGCGGCUGAGUUCCAGCUGAGAUGCUAAUUCAUCUCUGAGAAAGGGCCGGAAAAUGUCGGCCACUCUUGCCGCAUUUGAGCGCCCUCGUAUCGGGAACUCGAAUACGAUAUUCAAGAGUGGGCAUUUGCUUAUAUCCUCAAAAGGGUUAGGAUGGAAAUCUUGGAAGAAGCGUUGGUUUAUCCUUACUCGCACUUCUUUGGUCUUCUUCAAGAAUGACCCAAGUGCACUUCCGCAGCGUGGUGGUGAAGUAAAUUUGACUUUGGGUGGCAUUGAUUUAAAUAAUUCAGGAAGUGUCGUUGUUAGAGAAGACAAGAAGCUGUUAACUGUUCUAUUUCCUGAUGGGCGUGAUGGACGUGCGUUCACACUUAAGGCUGAAACAUCUGAGGACUUGUAUGAGUGGAAGACUGCCCUUGAACAUGCUCUUGCACAAGCGCCAAAUGCUGCUCUUGUGAUGGGACAAAAUGGGAUCUUCAGAAGUGAUACUAAUGAUACUAUUGAGGGUUCUUUCCAUCAAUGGAGAGACAAACGACCAGUGAAGUCUUUAGUUGUUGGACGGCCAAUUUUGCUUGCACUAGAAGAUAUAGAUGGAGGUCCGUCCUUCCUGGAGAAAGCGCUCCGGUUUCUUGAGAAAUACGGAAUUAAAGUAGAAGGAAUUCUGCGGCAGUCUGCAGAUGUUGAGGAAGUGGACAGAAGAGUGCAAGAAUAUGAACAAGGGAAGACUGAAUUUGAUCCAGAGGAGGAUGCUCAUGUUAUUGGCGAUUGUGUUAAGCAUGUUCUUCGGGAGCUACCUUCAUCACCGGUUCCUGCUUCCUGCUGCACUGCAUUGUUGGAAGCCUACAAAGAAAUUGACCGGAUAGAAACUCGUGUUAAUGCAAUGCGCUCUGCCAUACUGGAAGCAUUUCCUGAACCCAACAGACGCCUCUUACAGAGAGUUCUCAAGAUGAUGCAUACAGUUUCUUCUCAUGCUUCUGAGAAUCGGAUGACACCUUCGGCAGUUGCUGCUUGUAUGGCUCCACUGCUGUUGCGCCCUCUUUUAGCUGGUGAAUGUGAACUAGAGGAUGACUACGAUACUAAUGGAGAUAGUUCUGCUCAGCUUCUAGCUGCAGCCAAUGCUGCUAAUAAUGCCCAAGCUAUUGUCACAACACUUCUGGAGGAGUAUGACAAUAUUUUCGAUGAUGAUAGUCUGCACAGAUGCUCGAUGUCUGUAGAUUCUAAAACCGAUAACAGUGGAAGUGAAGAUACAAGUGAUGAUGACAAUCCGGAUAUAAAAGUAAAUGGUUAUCAUGAUGCUGAAAAUGAAGUUGACCCAGAAACAGAUGUUGAUUCUGAUCGAAGACACAGUGGGAAGUUAAGUGAGAGCAGUGGCUCAGCUGCUAGUGAUCUUUAUGACUAUAAGGCUGUUGCAAAUGAUGAUUCAGAUGAUGAGAUGCCCAUACACAAUAAUAUUAUGGGAUCAAAACUAGAUGUGGCUUUGGACACUAGAUCCAGUCGAGACUCUAAGACUUCAUUAAAUGACCAACUAGACCAAUUGAAGGUACAUGGGAAUACGAUAGAUGUGUCUACUGAAAAACCUGCCAAUGAGUCUCAGCGGUCUGUUGGAGAAAUUUUGUCAUCUAUGAAUCAAGAACUGCAGCAAUCUUUUCCUGGACCUGAACUGUUGGGUGAGAAGGCAUUACCCAAAAUUACCAAUACCAGCACUGGUAGUGCAAAGAAGUCAACAUUUUGGGGAAAGAAAAAUGCAAGAAAAACACCUUCAUCAGAAUCCAUAGAUUCAUCUGGAGAGGAAGAGCUUGCCAUCCAGAGAUUAGAGAUCGCAAAGAAUGAUCUACGCCACAGAAUUGCAAAGGAAGCGAGAGGAAAUGCAAUUUUGCAAGCUAGCUUGGAAAGAAGGAAGCAAGCUUUGCAUGAGCGGCGCUUAGCUCUUGAGCAAGAUGUAGCAAGACUGCAAGAACAGUUGCAAGCUGAGAGAGACUUACGAGCUGCUCUGGAAGUUGGCUUGAGCAUGUCUUCUGGGCAAUUUGCUGGCUCUCGUGGCAUGGAUUCUAAGACUAGAGCCGAGCUUGAGGAGAUAGCUCUUGCCGAAGCAGAUGUAGCCAGAUUGAAGCAGAAAGUUGCUGAACUUCACCACCAGUUAAAUCAGCAACGUCAGCACCACUAUGGAUCUAUUUCUGAUGCAUGUGAUAGAUAUCAACACACAGCAAGCCAAACACCUCAGCAGAAUUUUUUCAAGCAGGAUUUUGAUACUACACUUGCUGUUUGUAACCAUGAAAGAAGACAAAGGACAGAGGAGUCGAUGGGCGCGGAUGGAAGAAAUAUUAAAGGACAACUGUUGGCACAUGGAAGCAACGGCAGGUUGCCUUCUCGGAAACAGUUUAUUGAACCAUCAAGCUUGAGUGAUUCUAAAAGUACAGAGGCCUCCACAAGUCUAUCCGUGGAUGAUUUUCCUGCUGUGGAUUCGGGGGCUGUACCUUCUACUUCUCGGGUGGCUGAGGUGAUGGAUUAUCAUCGACAACCACUAGCAGCAUCGUCAGCUUUGGUAGAGCUGACAACCCGUCUCGACUUCUUCAAGGAAAGGAGGUCUCAGUUGAUGGAGCAACUCCACAACCUUGAUCUGAACUAUGGUUCCACACCUCAAGAUUUUGCAUACAAACCUUCGUCUCCUCCGUGGCACUAGCGACGGGAGCUUCUGUUGUGUUUGAAAGGAGAAACCAUGAUUCCCUGUUGUAUAUUCUCUGUUGAUUAGUAUAUAGAUGUGUUUCAUAUUGCCAUUCUCUUGGAACAACGAUGAUGCUCUUGUAUUUUUCUUUCAAUUUUUUUUUCUCUUUUUUGACAUAAAUAUUUUAAACAUAUGUAAUUAGUGGAGAUAUUAGCGCAGGAUGCCCUACUCGGAUGCUCAUAAGCUGCUUGAGAAUUUCAAAACCACGUUUGAUUUAUUAUGACUUGUAGAAUUUGCUGAGAGUUGCUACUAAAGUAAGUAAUCGACUCUUAUUAGCACUA